AACAGCCCUAUUAUUAUCAACAACCCUAAGCCGCAGCUGAAAUCCGUGGGCGUUUGAUUGAGAGGGCGGAAUCCUCUGGCAAGGACUAGCACCAUUACCAACCACGCAACAUGUUUCCCCACCUGAAAGGCCAGGGGCAUCGUGUAAACCUGGAAUUGCUGCAGGAGUCCGCUUGCCGGGAAUUGACGAAGCUGCUAGAUGGCAUAAAGGGCUGCAAGGCUAUAGUGCUGGACAAGGCUAUGAUCGGACCACUGGAUUUGGUCACUCGUCCAAAGCUUUUCAAGGAUCGGAACCUCCGGCUGCUGGCCCUGAGCCCAGACUUGCCAAGAGACGUCAACAACGUUGUGUACCUGGUGAGGCCGCAAGUGGCGCUUAUGGACCUGUUGGUGGGUCAUGUCAAAGCCAGCCCUCCUGGUAGCCGCAAGUUCCACAUCAUUUUCGUUCCACGCCGUUCCUGCUUGUGCAUCAGCCAUUUGGAAAACAGUGGAGUGCUUAACAGCUUUGGUCAAAUCACCGAGCUUACCUGGAACUUGUUCCCGUUAGAUUCCGACGUGGUCACCAUGGAGCUGCCGUAUGCAUUCAGAGACGUGAGUGUCGACGGAGACACCACUUCGCUAUAUCAAAUGGCAGUCGGCCUUGUGCAGCUGCAGCGGCUCUACGGACGCAUCCUCAAAAUUUAUGGCAAGGGCGAGCAGGCGCACCGGGUGUGGGAGCACGCCAAACAGCUGGGUCGCGAUGAUCGUGCGCUGUACCAUGGCGACAAAGGCGUUAUUGAUCAACUGAUAUUGUUGGACCGAAGCAUUGAUCUGCUUAGCCCCCUGGCGACUCAACUAACCUACGAGGGGCUCAUUGACGAGUUUUUCGGCAUUCGGGAGAACAAGGUGACGCUGGCAGCAAAUCUGUUUUCUUCUGAGGAGUCAGCGGGGGGUAAUGCAAACGAUGAGUCUGUGGGGGGAAACGCAAAUGGUAGAGGCGAGGGCGUUGACUUGGAGACCUCCCUUAGCGACCCCCAACAAAAGACUCUGCUUCUGCACUCCGGGGAGCAGCUGUACGCUGAACUGCGAGACAAGCACUUCAAUGAGGUUACCAAGCUUCUUGCUCGCAAGGCGCGGGAAAUCCACGCACAGAUGCACUCUAAUUCGCAGAACACAGAAAUAAAGGUAAUGAAGACCUUUGUGGAUAGCUUGCGGCAGUUAAUGACUCAGAAGGCGGAAAUCUCAAAGCACACUUCCAUUGCGGGUGUGCUGCAUGAGAAGGUUAACGCCUUCGACUUUUCCGACGAUCUGGCAGCUGAGCAGGAGUUUAUGGUGUGCGAGGACCUUGACAAGCCAAGCGCUUACAUCGAGGAUCAGAUCGCCAGUAAGGCGCCACUGCGCACUGUUCUCCGGCUUCUGUGCCUGCAGUGCACAGCCGCGUCUGGGUUCAAGGAGAAGCUACUCAGUCAUUACAAGCGCGAGCUCGUGCAGGUUUACGGCCUAGAGGUCCUGCUCACAUUGAGCAGUCUGGAAAAGGCGGGACUUCUGCACCAGCAGACGGAUUCCAGGGCAUAUGCCGUUUUGAGAAAGACUCUUCAUCUCACUGUGGACGACAACGUGGAGGUGGAACCGAAGGACAUCAGCUAUGUGCACAGCUUCUACGCCCCGCUGACGGUCCGACUUGUGGAGCAUACUCUAAAGCCACUGGGAUGGCAGAGCCUAAAGAGCCAAAUCACAAAUCUGCCGGGGCCCACAUUUGAGGACUUUCAGGCGCAGCUGGUGGGCAUCGGAGGACGGCACACAGGAGGCAUGGUCGGCGAAGGUUCGUUGUUGCAGGUGCCUCGAGUGGUGCUGGUAUGUUUUGUGGGUGGUUGCACGUUCGCCGAGAUCGCGGCACUGCGCUUUCUAUCAGCCCAGGAGGACAACAAUGUGGAGUUCUUGAUCGCCACCACGAAGGUGGUCAACAAGAAUUCCUUUCUCGACAGCCUAAUGGGAUCAUGAGGUCGGCGCCUGAGCCGUCUAGAGGCCCAUCGUCUGUCCAGCGACCAUGGACUGGUGCGCGGAUGAAACGCGUCGGGGCCGCUGAGGCCGAGACCGAAAAAGAAGGGCAAGCGGCACAGCGCGACGGCUUAUGGAUCGGAGCCCGCGGAGUAGGGCCUAAAAUUGGAGUGCCGCAUAGCCGUACUGCAUAGAAAAUAUUUUUAAAGCAUAUAUUUUUCGAUUUCAGCAUUUAUCUUUGUAUUCUCCUUUAUGAUAUAUAUAUAUAUAUAUUUAUAUGCAUAUAUUCCAAUUACAACUUCCGAUGUGCACCCAUAGGGGUAAAAAAAGUAUUCAAUAUUACAUUAUCUAGCCACUUCAAAGAGUUACAGUUGCCACAAACGAUUAUAAGUGUUAAAUGUGUGUACUCCCGUCACCCUAUCAAGAGAACUCACAUAUAUGGUCUGGAAAACUGAAUUGGAUUUGCAGUUUCGCAGUGCAUACCUUCAAUGUACAUACCCGUGCUUCAGAUUAAUGAAAUAUUUUGUCAUAAGCUUUACUUCAUCUUAAUAUGAAAUAUUGAAAUCCGUUAUUCAAAUUCUAAAUAAAUGUAAACUAAACACUCA